AUGGCUCGUAUCAAGUUUACAGGCCCUUCUCGUCCGAAGGAUGCUGCGUCUUCCUACGGGUCGCCCAGCACUACUCCUGCGCCGGCCCAGAAGACCAACUCUGAAAAGGCCAACGGAAGUAAAAAAGAAAAAAUGGAAACGAUUCAGGAACAGCACGAUGAUGAAGAAAUGCAGUUUUUCAAACAGUGGCAAAGUCUCGACUUGGUCAUGAUUAUGGUGCACGUUGCGUUUGGUGCUAUCUUGUAUCUUCGUGAAUUCUUGCCUCUUUAUUGUUUUUCGGACCGUGAUUCGAAUGCUUUUCACCCGAAGAACAAGCUCACUUACAAGAACUUUGUCUACGGCCAACAGAACAACGCGGCGUUUCGUAAGCCUGAGAAGAGUGCCAAACGGGGCCAACCUUUCAAGGUCCUAGCUCGCGGGUCUCAUCCUACGGCGGACGGUCUAGCUAAUCUUUUGGAAACCGGUAUUUUCGACGCGUUGAAGCAAAAAUUCUUGGCCGGCAUCCAGUUAUCGAUUUUUGUUGACAGAAACAGACCUGAAAACGUUCUGGAAACCCACACUUUGUCUUUCGAGUAUUCUGGCGGACUCGGAGACUGUGACAAGACUCUGACAGGCAUCUCCUUGGACUCUCCGGGUUUCAACGUUGCUGCGGAUAUGGACACCAUAAAGAAAGCACGUUACGGCAUUGAGGUUAUGAUUCGUCGUCUUAUUCUUCUCAAUGCCUUUUUCCCGGAACUGCCGAGCAAGAGAUAUCUUGGCGUACAUCUAUUCUACACCGACGACUGCCCGGAGGACUAUGAACCGGCCGGUUUUGGCGCGGCCAACGAUGAGUACAUCUAUUUUCCAAUAGACCAAGAAUGGAGGCGGGAAUCUAUCACGUUCGGAAGUGCAGAUAGCGGUUACCAUACCAUUGGAAUCCGCGUCAGCAACAUGAAAUGGCUGGGCUCACCCUAUGAUGCGGAAGACGGCCCCAUGCCGCCAAUCCCUGAAGACAUUCCGUACAAGGACAGAAUUGCGCGGGCAUCCGAAGUCGGGAUUCCCGAAGACCUUGAAGAUUAUGAGAGGAUGCUAAGAACCUCUCAAGAAUCUUUUGUGCGCAAAGAUGCUGUCGAGAAGCAGCGAUUGCAGGAAAUGGCUCAUGCCGAAUUGUCGACCCAAGACCCGGACGGCGUUCCUACACAGCCUCUGAACGGAGGACAGCCGCCGAUCCUUCGAUACGAGCUUUCUGAAUCCCGGACUCGGGAAAUCCAAGAACAUCUCUCACGUCAGGACCCUCAGCCUACUGACGGUGACAACCACGUUGGUUCAAUCAAGUGUCAGUGCGGCUGGGACGUCGAAGAAGCCGAAAUGCACCUGCUUUGCUACGGAUUCAGCGAGCCGAACGACCCAAACAUCCCCAAUAUCCACGCCUGCUAUCGCUGCCUUCUGGAACCCGAACCCACUGAGAAGGAUGUGCUGCCGGAGCUCACAUCGAUUGUGAAGAUGAGACGAGCUCUGAACAUCAUAGUGCGAGACGGCUAUCCUAGCAAAAACGCCGAGUUUGCCCGGAAACUUCAUUGUACCGCACGCGAGGUCACUCAUGUGGCGGGUCUUUUGAGGACACGCAAAUACAUCCAAGCGACGCCUGGCUCGAAGAGCAAAGGGUUUACGGCGAAGGGCCUCCCGCCAUAUCUCAUCCCGCAGACAGAGGAGAUGAAACAGCGCUUGAAAACCGAAGUGUGGGAUCCCUUUGCGAAGAUCGCGCAUUAUUACACUUUUCCAGUGAAGAGUUACUAUACGAAGGACCCGAAUGAGCCCGAAUCCCCGGAUAGAUUCCUCCAGGACAUAAUCGUCGCUCCGAGCCACAAUCAUGUCGAGCCCGCUCCGAAAGCCACUCCGGCCCACACCGUCCAGGGGAUUUGCAAAGAGACGCCAAACGAGUCAGGCAACCCGUGGUAUGUCCACAACCCGUAUGCUGAUCCGGAACCCCCGAAAGAACAGCCCAAGCAAAAACUCCGGCUCAAGAUGCCGCGUGCUUUGAAUGGCAGCAACAACAACAACAACAACAACAACACCACCACCACCACCACCACCACCACCACCACCAACGGUACUACUAACAAUAAUAACGACGAAAUGGAUUGGGAGUCCACCGCUAGCUCCGACGGUGAGUUGACGAACGAUAAGGUGCUGAAGGGACUCCAGCGCGCUCGCAAGCGAGGUUUCAGCAGUGUCGAUGACUCGAACCCCAGCCAGCCCAGCCAGAUCAGCCAGAUCAGCCAGGCCAGUAUUGCGACUAAUCAGAUAAUCGCGGAUAAACCUAUCAAACGGAUGAGGAUGAGCAAGCUCAAGAGUCCGAUUGACAUUGGACGGGCCUCGACGACCGACGAGGACAGCUCGGACGGCUCGGACGGCUCGGACAGCUUAUGA